CCAAAAGUGAACCCACGUGGCUCUGAUGCUGCCGGUCCGGAUGAAAGUAAAACAAACCGCCCAUUUGUUUGCUGACUCCCCCUCCUUGGUCACGUGACCGCGAGCUGGCUGAGUCAGCCGGCUCGUUACGCUGCGUCAGUCUGGAGUCGAACAAUUAUGAAAAAGCAACCUUCCGUUGGAGCUGCAGCCGAAGCGGAUCUCUUCAGCGUUCAACGGGCUUUCCUUCCACGGCCAACCGAGAGCACUGCCGAUAGAUGGAUAAAAGCCACCGUGGAUCUCUUCCUGAUUCUCAACGGUGAAGAGAAUGUCCCAGAAACCCUGGAUAGAGAACACUUUCACCAAGAGGGAAUGUGUGUACAUACUUCCAGUGUCAAAGGACCCCCACAGAUGCCUUCCAGGAUGCCAGAUUUGCCAACAGCUGGUGCGGUGCUGCUGCGGCCGGCUGGUGCGCCAGCAUGCUGGGUUCACAGCCAGCCUGGCCACAAAGUACUCGGAUGUGAAGUUGGGUGAAACUUCUAAUCUGAGCAGUGUGGAGGAGUGGUCCGUGGAAAAGCACACAGAAGAGAGCCCGACUGAUGCCUAUGGUGUCAUCAACUUCCAGGGAGGGUCUCACUCAUACAGAGCCAAGUAUGUGCGUCUGUCCUUCGACUCUCGGCCUGAAAGCAUUCUGCGGCUGAUGUUGAAAGAGUGGCACAUGGAGCUUCCAAAGAUUCUCAUUUCUGUCCACGGAGGAGUACAGAACUUUGACCUGCACCCACGCAUCAAGCAAGUGGUGGGCAAGGGCCUGAUCAAAGCUGCUGUCACCACGGGGGCCUGGAUUCUCACCGGAGGGGUCAACACAGGUGUGGCAAAGCACGUUGGAGACGCUCUUAAAGAACACUGUUCAAGAUCAUCUAAGAAAAUUUACACCAUUGGAGUGGCACCGUGGGGGGUCAUAGAGAACAGGAACGAUCUUAUUGGCAGAGACAUUAUCGCUCCAUAUCAGACACUGUUGAAUCCUCUGAGCAAACUCAACGUUCUCAACAGUCUGCAUUCCCAUUUCCUGUUGGUGGAUGAUGGGACAGUGGGAAAGUAUGGUGCUGAGGUGAAACUGAGACGAGACUUGGAAAAGCACAUCAACCUGCAAAGAAUACACGCUCGAAUCGGUCAGGGAGUUCCUGUUGUGGCGCUGAUCUUGGAGGGGGGGCCUAACGUGAUCCUGACGGUGCUGGAGUACCUUCAGGAGAGUCCCCCUGUCCCAGUGGUGGUAUGUGAGGGGACUGGCCGUGCUGCGGACAUACUGGCCUUCGUCCAUAAACAGACAGAGGAUGGAGGUGGUCUUCCUGAUGGAGUGGAGACUGACAUCAUCGCAACCAUCAAGAAAACCUUUAACUUCAGCCAGAGCGAUGCCAUCCAUCUGUUCCAGACUCUGAUGGAAUGCAUGAAGAGUAAAGAACUGAUCACAGUGUUUCACAUCAGCUCUGAGGAUCACCAGGACAUCGAUGUAGCCAUCCUGAGAGCUUUACUCCAAGGGACAAAUGGAACUGCCUUUGAUCAGCUGGUUCUGACUUUGGCCUGGGACCGGGUCGACAUUGCCAAGAAUCACGUGUUUGUGUACGGACAGCAGCUCCUGGUGAGCUCUUUGGAGCAGGCCAUGCUGGACGCUCUAGUAAUGGACAGAGUGGACUUUGUGAAGCUGCUGAUAGAGAACGGCGUUAGCAUGCACCGUUUUCUGACCAUCAGUCGGCUGGAAGAGCUGUACAACACGAAACAACCUCCCAACAACCCAACUCUCCUUCACCUGGUUAGAGAUGUGAAACAGAGUAAUCUUCCCCCCAACUAUAAAAUCACUUUGAUCGAUAUCGGCUUGGUUAUCGAGUUCCUGAUGGGUGGGACUUACAGGUGCAACUACACAAGGAAGCGCUUCAGAAUCAUUUACAACAAUCUCCAUGGCAACACCAGGAGGUCGGCACGCCACACCGCCGGUCCCGGCUCACAUCUGAGGAAGAGCCACGAGACUUUCAGCAUGCAGGCUGAUAAGAAGGAGAAGACGAGGCACAAUCAUUUCAUUAAGACCGCACAGCCAUACAAACCCAAGCUGGAGAAUCCCGCUGAGCAAACCAAGAAAAGAAGCAAAGAGGAGAUUGUGGAUAUCGAUGACCCAGAGACACGGCGCUUCGCUUACCCCUUCAAUGAGCUGCUGGUGUGGGCGGUUCUCAUGAAAAGGCAGAAGAUGUCUCUGUUCUUCUGGCAGCACGGCGAGGAGAACAUGGCCAAGGCGCUGGUGGCCUGUAAGCUGUGCCGCUCCAUGAGCUAUGAAGCCAAGAAGAGCGACGUGGUGGAUGACACCUCUGAGGAGUUGAAAGAGUACUCCAAUGAGUUUGGGACGCUGGCGGUGGACCUGUUAGAGCAGUCCUUCAGGCAGGAUGAAACCAUGUCCAUGAAGCUUCUCACCUAUGAGCUGAAGAACUGGAGCAACUCUACCUGUCUGAAGCUGGCUGUCUCCUCUCACCUGCGGCAGUUUGUUGCUCACACCUGCACCCAGCUGCUGCUGUCUGACAUGUGGAUGGGACGCCUGAACAUGCGCAAGAACUCCUGGUACAAGGUGAUCCUCAGUAUCCUGGUGCCUCCCGCCAUCCUGCUAUUGGAGUACAAAUCCAAGGCUGAGAUGGCACACAUCCCUCAGACUCAAGAUGACCACCAGAUGACCAUGGAGGAUAGCGAGCACAACUUCCAGAACAUAACCGAAGACAUUCAGAUGGACGUGUUCAAGGAGACCCGAGCUCAUGAACAUAUGGAGGUGAAAGAUGACAUGGAAACGCACGUUCGCUCCCGGAAACUGCCCCUGACCAGGAAGAUCUACGCCUUCUACCAUGCUCCCAUCGUCAAGUUUUGGUCCAACACGCUUUUCUACCUGGGCUACCUGAUGUUGUACACCUAUGUGGUUCUGGUGAAAAUGCCUGUUUGGCCAUCUGCUCAAGAGUGGGUGGUCAUCCUCUACAUCUUCACCUCUGCCAUCGAGAAAAUCCGAGAGAUGUUCAUGUCUGAAGCAGGCAAAAUAGGCCAGAAAAUCAAGGUGUGGUUCAGCGAUUAUUUCAACGUGUCUGAUUUUUUGGCCAUUGUGACGUUCUUCAUCGGUUUUGGCUUGAGGCUGGCUGGAGAGAUGACGUUGGUCCCAGGGAGGACAGUUUAUUGUCUCAACAUCAUCUUCUGGUACGUUCGUCUGCUGGACUUCCUGGCUGUGAAUCAGCAAGCUGGACCGUAUGUCACGAUGAUCGGUAAAAUGGUGGCCAACAUGUUUUAUAUUGUGGUGAUAAUGGUUAUUGUCCUUCUGAGUUACGGUGUCCCGAGGAAAGCCAUUCUGUACCCAAACGAAGAGCCCAGCUGGAAUCUGGCCAGAGACGUGGUUUUUCAGCCAUACUGGAUGAUGUACGGCGAAGUGUAUGCCUACGAGAUUGAUGUUUGUGCCAAUAACAGUGAAGUAAAGGAACUGUGUGGGUCUGGAGUAUGGCUCACUCCUUUUCUACAAGCUGUCUACCUCUUUGUGCAGUACAUACUGAUGGUCAACCUUCUGAUUGCCUUUUUUAAUAAUGUUUAUAUGCAAGUAAAGUCCAUCUCUAAUCUGGUGUGGAAAUACCAGCGCUACCACUUCAUUAUGGCCUAUCAUGAGAAGCCUGUCCUCCCGCCCCCCUUCAUCUUCCUGUUCCAUGUCUACUCGCUGUUCUGCAUGUGCAGCAAGAGGAAGAAGGAAAGUACCUAUGGACCAAAGCUGUUUCUGUCUGAGGAAGACCAGAAGAAGCUUCAUGAUUUUGAGGAGCAGUGUGUGGAGACGUACUUUCAUGAAAAAGAUGAUCAGCUUCACUCGGGGAGCGAGGAGCGCAUUCGCCUGACCUCAGAAAGGGUGGAGACCGUGUGUUUGCAGCUGAAGGAGGUUGGGAACAAGGUCAACUUUAUCAAGCGCUCCCUGCACACGUUGGACUCCCAGAUCGGUCACCUGCAGGACCUCUCGGCUCUGACAGUAGACACUCUGAAGACAUUGACUGCUCAGAGGGCGUCUGAAGCUAGCAAGGUUCACACCCAGAUAACCAGGGAGCUGAGUCUGUCUAAGAACGUGGUCCCUAGCAUUGUUCCCAUGCCAACAGACUCUAAAACAUCCAUGAUAGGCAAACGCAGCGUGGGGGCCUACUUUGGGUCCUCGUUUCCCCAAGCAGGCACCAACAUGGCAGAUUCUCUUUUCGGGGUCGGUGCCGAAGGCGGAGCAGGGAUUGAAAGUUGCAAGAGAUUUGGUCCAGGCCCCGGAACAGAUCUAGGGCUCGACCCCAGUAUGAGUCCAGAGAAGAGGAGCUUAUUUGGGCUUGGACACCUUGUUGCAGAGGCUGGUUCCUCUGGCGGUGCCGGCUCCAGUGCCUUUGUCCCAAGUGCUGUUCCAGUUUCCCCACCAGAACUGCGUAACAGAGCCCCACCACUCUACCAGAGUAAACAAACCCGUCCACAAGAGCCACAUCUCUCUGAAUCGCCAUCCAGCCUGCCCAAUGUGCCCUCCUCUGGUGCUCCGUUCCACAUCAGCAGCACCCCUUCCCAGCCCAGUGGCUCCAGCCACCCUGAACUGGCCCUGGCUGGAGUCUACCAGCAGUCCCCCCAUUCCGAGCAUGUUCCUGUAGAGUUUGGGGCGUUUGUAGGUGAGUAUGAUGAUUGUAGAGUUAUCAGGAUAAACAAGGGGAAGGGUGUGUGUGUGUAUCCUACGGUGGUGGUUGUCUCUGAGAACUCCAGCUGCAUGUCGGCUUGCUGUGUGAAGCCUGAGAGGUCACAAGGGGGGGAGGGGGAUGGUUGGUUGAAGCGGGGCUACGUAAAUGAAGCAUUCAGCCAUGAAGAGGGUCAAUGUGGCUCUACUAAAGGUAGGGAAGUUCUAUCAGAUCCAGAGGGGUCAUCAACACUGGGUAACAGCCUUCCAGGGUCCCGUGACCCUGCUGUGGUGAUCAGGAAACCCCACAGAAAGGGACAAGAUGAGUCGGGACCAACAACCUCCCAGUGGGACUGUCUAACUGGGUCUGAAGACCAGUGUGAUGAGAGGACGGUGGCGCCAGACCCAAAGAUGAGAGGGCAUAAAGACACUCUGCACCUUCAGUCACCACCAUCCAAAGAGACGUCCAGCAGACAGCAGAGCCCGAGCAGAUCACAGACUGAAGGUCUCAUCCGAACCGUCAACUCGUACGCUGGCUUCCCAGAGUUCCACAGGACCGCAACUUGUCCCCCUCCUGAGACUACUCUGACCAAGGACAGAAGCAGAGUUUCAGCCGAGGACAUCCCCAGAGCUGCAGUCCUUGAAAGAAUUCAGGUCAAGUCGGCACAAGCCAGCUCCCUGAGACCCUCCGAGGAAGAAACGCUUCAUGCUGCAGCUUCUCUAUACACGACGAGACACCUUCACCUGGGAGCCAGGAAGGACU